GACCGCUCGUCGUUUGAAGAAAAAAUCAACUAUUAGUAAUAAAAUUUAAAAGAUUAUCUCUUUUUUAAUAAUUUUGCUACUGUUUACACUUUAAAUAUUAUUUUUUUCUCUAUUUAGGAAGUACAAGGAGUGGUAUUGUUGAUGAACAACAACAAAUCACAACUGCUAGUAAAUCUUCAACAACUGAUACCAUUACCCACAACAAUAAUCUAUCAUCAUUACCCGCGUCAAAUUCUUCAAGUCAAAUUCAAUAUGCUAAAAUGCGUAUUAUUGCUAGUCCCAUAUUUCAUAUGAAAGAUGUUGUUCGUGCUCUAAUUACAUCUCUACCAAAAUCCGGUGAAUUAAUUGAAACACUCAUUAAUUAUGUAGAUGCUUUAGGAGCAACAAGAAUUCACGCAUAUUUAGUAGAUAAAAC